CGGCAGCCUUGAUCCCCUCCUUCCUCCCCAGUCCCCACCGCCGCCACGAACUCCUACUCCGACACGAACUCUGCUGAAGCCCGCUCCCAUGGUUCCCGUCAUCGACAUGGACUCUUUGCCCGUUCCGCAAGCCGAAGGCACCACCUACAGAAAGGACUCGAGUCCCUCGAUCGAAAUCCCGGGUCAGACCGGAUCGCGGCGGUCGGCGGCGCCACGACAGGUUGCCGUCCUGCAGUCCUACUCACGGGACAAGCUGCGUUCGCGGUGCGCUCUCGCUGCCCGCCGGCUUCGACGGUAUGGGCCGGGGCGCCGCCCUUCCGCAGAUCCGCAAUCGAGUCGUGCGUCCGGUCUGCCGCCUCCCCUCGACGUCCACGGCUCUGUGCUCUUCCGUGUUCUCUCCUAGCGCAGGCUGUGGGGGCGCUACGUUUCUUUGCACGCCUCAUCUCCAAGCACGAAGCCACGGCGAAAUGGCCUGGUCUUGGUACUAUGUUGAUAGCGAGGGUGCAAGGCUCAAGGGAAGCAGCCGGUUCUGUAGUUCUUUGUAUGCUUAUGGUAUCUUGGAUGAGGGUUACAAAUUCAACAUGUCAGUUGAGGAAGCUGCUGAGUUAGCAUGGCGGGCUUUUAUCACGCAAUAUUCUGUGACAGAGCUAGUGGUGGCUGUGUUCCUGGUGGGCUUGACAGACCAGUUUUUAUCCGGAAGAAAGGCCUUUAGUGUGCGUUUGGAUCUGAAGAAACAAAGCAAGAUAUGGCUGUCAUUCCUCCUAACUUGGCUAGUUACUAGUAUCUCCUUGAUCCUUUGAUAAGGUAGUCUUGGCGAGUGUUUGGGCAAUAGAGAACAUAACUUGGCAAUUUAUGUACUCCCUCCGUCCCAAAAUUCUUGUCUUACAUUUUUCUAGAUAUGGAUGUAUCUAAUACUAAAACGCGACUUGAUACAUCUGUAUUUGGACAAAUCUAAGACAAGAAUUUUGGGACGGAGGGAGUACAUGUUUACUGUAUUCAUUUAUUCAAGAUCAGAAGCUUAGGCCGUGUUCGGAGGCUCUCCACUCCUGGAGCGGCCGGAGCCGUAGUUAAAAAAUCAUGGAGCGGGCAAAAGACGUACUCCGCAGAUCCUUGUAUUCUGCGGAGCUGGGGGAGUGCCGAACAGGGCCUUAAAUUCUGAACUUUAUAGUUCAGGAGUAGGUACCUCCUGAUGUACCGGUGUAAUUUAAUAGUUUCAUCGAAUGUGAAUCAGAAGUAUAUGUUGUUAACAUAGUUGGGUAUA